AUGAAAAUGUUUGCACUUGAGUGCAACUUUGAGCACCCUGUGCAUUCGAUGGUGUUAGAUGUCAGUGACAAAAGCUGGUUGAAGUACUUUACACCUGAAGAAAUUCAAGAAAUCAAGAAUCAUCAAAAGAAAGUACUAGUAGAUUUGCCUUCUACAAUUGAAGACUAUAUAAAGAAACUUCGUGAGUGCCAAAACGUUACUAUGUUGAAAUCAAUGUUGACACAAGAGUUAAGCUAUCCUGGUUGCGAAUGGAUAAGAUCCUCUCUUCUCCAAUAUAUCCAUCUCUUCAAAUGUAAUUACUUACCUUUAUCAGCGCAAACAGAAGGCGACAUACUUCGACGAAUUUGCUUUUUUGUUGAUACUGCCUUUGACUAUUCAAAGCUUGAUUGCCGAGGGUAUUGUAUAAAUGCUUAA